CGGGUCGUUGAUCUGAUACUUUAUAAAGAAGCGCAUUAAAUAUCAGGGCUAGACUGUACCGAUUAGCGAGAUUCGCGUUUAGCAGCGACGCCAGACGGGAACGGAUUUGCAGGGUUUGUUUACAAAAAUUAGUGCCGCGAGCUUUGUUGGCGCAGGGAUUGGAUUCCAAAUUGUUCGGCGCUCCUUAUCUAGGUGCACUACGUGUAGGGUAUGACGUAUUGGCUUGUAUGUGAUGUGUAGUACACUACACAGAAAGUAGAGCGCUGUUUAGGAUUGAGCCGGGGUAGGCAAUAAAAGCGACGGUUUGUCGCAGCAGUGUUUUGAGUGAGUUAGCAGUGAGCUAAAGCGCGGAUUUACAACAUGUUGUCUUUUUCAGCUUAAAUAAAAAUGUCAGCUAUGUUCUGCGCUCGGUUGAAUUGUUGAGCAAGUGCUAACAGGCUAGAGAGUUAACCUAGCCUGUUACCUACGUCAUCUCCAAAGGGUUUCUAGAUCUUUCUCGGAUUAGAGAUCACGCGCGCUUCGAUACUGCUUUAUACCGGUUUUCCAGUGUGAUAUUUUUUAUUUUUUUUUACUGGAGAAUCGAUGAAUUGACUGACAUCGGUAUGUGUGACGGUCUCAGGGAAGGAGGCUGGUGGGGAGGCUGGCUGCAGCAGAGCUUCCAGUCCAUCAAAGACAGAUCGUCCGAAGCGUACGAGUUCAUCAAACGGGAUUUAACGGAGUUCUCCAACGUGGUGCAGCAUGACACGGCGUGCUCCAUCGUCGCCACGGCCAACGCCGUCAAGACCAAGCUGGCCGUAUGCUUUCCUAUCUCGCACACGUAUAUGAAUAUAUACAUAAUUUUUAAAAAUCCGUCUGUUAUUUUGUUGAAAAGACAGCCUUGGUUCUCUGUUCUCGUCCCGCGGCAGGUGGAAGGUUCGUCCGAGACGACGGAGAAGGUGAAGAAGAGCCUUUCUAACAUUCUGGGCGUGAUCACGGACACGCUCGCUCCUCCGCCCGACAUGACGAUCGACUGCGACGUCAUCACGCUGGUGGCCACGCCGGCCGGAACCACAGAGGUGUACGACAGCACCAAGGCCCGUCUCUACAGUCUACAAGCCGACCCUGCUACAUACUGCAACGAACCAGACGGUCCUCCGGAGCAGUUCGACGCUUGGCUCUCCUCUUUCAGUCUGGAGGAGAAGAAAGCUGAAAUCUCCGAGCUGCUGGUUAACAGCCCGUCUAUUCGAGCCCUCUACACUAAAAUGGUUCCAGCAGCCGUGGCUCACUCAGAGUUCUGGCAGCGCUACUUUUACAGAGUGUUUCAGCUGGAUCAGGAGGAGGCCAAGAGAGUGGCCCUGAAGCGGCGAGCAGAGGAAACCGCUCAGUCCGAGAGUCUGGGUUGGGAGGAGGAAGAGGAAGACGAGUUCCUAGGAGCCUCGUCGCCGUCUCGCUUGGACUUCACUCCUCCUCCUCCUCCUCCCCCGCCCGUAACCGUAGAGACCGGCCCUUCGUGCGCCCCGUCCUCUGAGGUGGCGGGUCCCCACGGCGACACCGCGUCGGACGUCACUCCGUCGGUCAGCAGCGACAGUGUGAGUCUCCCAACGCAGCUGGAGAUCCUUCCGCAGAGCCACGCCAUCGCGCCAGCCGAGGACGAGAAGCAGAAGAGCGCUGCCGCUGCGGAGGGAGCGAGGGAGGAGGGAGUCAGAGCGAGGGAGGAGGGAGCCAGAGUGAGGGCGGAGGGCGCGAGGGAGCAGGAGGCAAGAAAAUUGGAGGUAGUGCAAGACCUGCGAGUGUUCGAGCUCAACUCUGACAGCGGCAAGUCCACGCCUUCUACUAACGGCAAAAAAGGAUCCAGUACUGACGUGAGCGAGGACUGGGAAAAAGACUUCGACUUGGAUAUGACGGAGGAAGAGGUUCAGCUGGCUCUGUCUAAGACCGACGCCACCGCAGAGUUUGACGAUGAGGACUGGGAGAACUGGGAGUGAAGAGCCGGAAGCCCAGCGCCGCCGCCGCCGACGAUACGAGGACUCCACCGUUCCCGAACGAACCCACGCUUUAACGUCUCGAAACUCUUUAGUCUACGCCCACACCUUUGCAUUCAGCCGACGGGAGCAAGACGCUGGCCUGUGGGUCCACCGACCGGGUGACUUCCCGCCAGUGCAGUUUAGUUCAGAGCUGAAUUCAUUCAGUGUUUCCAUUGGAUGAAUAUUUCCAUAUGUUUAUUCAGGGGGAAAAUUGGCUUUAGAGCAGAAGUGGAAGAUGAACAGGACACGUCUGGGUUCAUGCGUGUCUUUAAAAAAACAACCUAAUAAUAAAAAAUGUACAGAUCAGCCCAGAGAUUGAGGUAUUGAUGAUAUGGAUGACUGCACCUAAGCUUACAGUAUGUCAGCUCUUCUACUUUUCCAGUAAGAGUGGGGAAAUAUAUCACCUUUCUGGGCUUCAUAAGUAGCCGUACUCUUCUCAUGCUACUCGUUCUGUUUAUAGGAUUAGACGCGAGUCCUGGUCUGUAAUUUAUGUUUCUCAUUUUGUGUUUCUUUCUUCAGCAUAUUGUCGUUCGGCUUUAUGGGAUUUUUUUUCCUUCUUCUGUCUAUGAAGUACUAACUUCAUCUAAUCUUAUGCAAGUGAUGGAAUUAGCGUAAAAGUACGUUCUGCCUUUCCGUAGACGACUGUUGCACUUUCGUUUCAUGAAUACAAUACGCUACAGGACUUCGUUCAGUGUUGUGUGGAAUGUUUUGGGGGGGCGGGGUGUAAUUUGUCACUUGUUGAAACUGUUCAUAUUUGACUAAACAUAAGCCGAUGUAA